GCAGUUUGCCUGGAAGAAAUAAUGAAGGAACUCGCCCAAAUUCGAUUUCAGGUUAACAUUCUGGCGGAGAGCCGAACAUCGUUGAGAUCUAAGAACUGCGCUGAGCUGUACAAAUCUGGUCAAAGGAUCAGCGUUGUUUACACAAUCGACCCGGAUGGUUCAGGCGCCUUUAAUGUAUACUGUGACCAAACUACAACCGGUGGGGGAUGGACGGUGAUCCAGAAGAGAAUGGAUGGCUCAGUCGAUUUUAACCGCACCUGGGAUGACUACAAGCAUGGCUUCGGUAACUUGGUCGGUGAAUUUUGGCUCGGACUAGACAAGAUAAAUCGCCUGACACGAAACAAGACAAAGAACAAGCUUCGAGUAGAUCUUGGAGUAAAAACUGGCAAAACUGUGCACUCUGAGUAUGGCUGGUUUGGAAUUGGGACCGAGACAGCUAAGUACUCGCUAAACCUUGGCAAAAUCAUAGAUGCCACUGUUUCCAAUGAUUCCCUCGGUCCUCAUAAAGGUUCCGGUUUUGGUACCUGGGAUAAGGUUCCUGCUGGUUGUACUCAAAAAAUAGGAGGAGGCUGGUGGUAUGACAGCAGUAUUACUAAAUGUGCUAUUUUGUCAAAUCUCAAUGGUAUUUAUCCACGUUGUGGAAAAGAAACCUCGGCCGCUAUUCACUGGGGAUACUUAGAUUCUCGCAGUCCCAAGAGAAGCGCUCCAACAUCAACUGAAAUGAAAAUAAGACCAGUGGAAUUUACGCACGUGGCUUGAAUUCUACUUACAUGAAAUGUGCAUCUACUUAAUCGAUGCCGUUUGCAAAAAUCAAGAAGCAGUUUGUUUUACAAUAAAACACCGAUUACUUUUUUCAAUCUCUUUACUUCAAGACUUUUAGAUUUUUAGAAUGCAAAUUAGAUUAAUGACAGCAUCAUAGACUCGACUACACUUUUGUUGCAAAGAAGAUAUACCGUAAUCAGUUGGUUUCAAAAAUACUUUAUUAUUUGCAGACUUUAUGGGAUUUGUUUAGAAUAAUACGAUUAAAAUGUCACCAAACAUAGUUUUGGGAAAAACAUAUUCUCAUAACACGAAAAUUAAUUCAGAAGAAUUAUAUAUACAGUGGAACACUAUAUGCCAUAAGAUAGAGUUUAUAUACGUUGUGUUAUUAAUAAUAUAGUUUUUAUAUUGUCUAUGGAUUUUUUAAGCUUUGCUAUCUUAGUACUAUCAAAGAUAAGAUCAGAAAAGGUACCUUUAAAAUGUGACUUUAUAAUUUGUGAAGAAAUAAAGACUGCUUUACAAUAUUUCUACCUCUACUUAAAACUCUUAUUGAUUGAGUUACCAUGGGAAUCCACAUGUCGAAGACCUCCUAUGCUCGAGGAAUACUGAGCCUACAAUGGUUUUCAAUUUGAUAU